AUGGCAAGUUCAGUAUCGCCGUCGGCAAGCCCACCACGCCGCGGGCGAUCGCCAGAGGGCUCAGCUAAGAGCGAAAGGGGCUCCAAGUCUCCUUCACGCAGUCCCUCCGCCUCGCCCGGUCCUCGGCCUUCGUCUCGGUCACCCUCGCCAGAGUCAGAGUCAAAUUCCCAGGCGACCCAUGAAGAUCAAGAUGGUGCGAGGGUCCCGCUCGCCGCAGUCACGAAUACCAAUGGGUCCGCCGGACAAGUAAAGGAAAGUCGAAUUACAAAGCCAGACAACAUAAUAGGAAGAGCAGGAGGGGCAUACAUUCCUCCAGCACGGCUGCGUGCGAUGCAGGCGGCUAUAACGGACAAAAGCAGCCCAGAAUAUCAGCGCAUGACAUGGGAAGCUCUGAAGAAGUCUCUCAACGGUCUUAUCAACAAAGUCAACACAGCAAACAUCAAGAAUAUCGUGGUAGAAUUGUUUGGAGAGAAUCUCGUACGGGGUCGUGGGUUAUUAUGUCGAAGCAUCAUGAAGGCGCAGGCGGCUUCCCUGCCAUUCACGCCGGUGUAUGCAGCAUUGAUUGCUGUCAUCAACACCAAGUUCCCUCAGAUCGGCGAGCUUCUCCUCACCAGACUGGUACAGCAAUUCCGACGUGCAUACAAACGUAGCGACAAAGCUGUCUGUUUGGCGAACGCAAAGUUUCUGGCCCACCUGGUCAACCAAAAAGUUGCACACGAGAUCGUGGCAUUGCAGCUACUGACACUCUUGUUGGAACGACCAACCGAUGAUUCCGUCGAAGUGGCCGUCGGCUUCAUGCGAGACUGUGGAGCAUACCUCACGGAUGUGUCGCCGAAGGCUUGCAAUGGUGUCUUCGACCGGUUCCGAGCGAUCCUGCACGAGAGCACUAUCGAUAAGCGAACACAGUACAUGGUUGAAGUGCUCUUCCAAGUUCGUAAGGACAAGUUCAAGGACAAUCUCGCUGUUCCAGAGGAGCUGGAUCUUGUUGAUGAGGAUGACCAAAUGACACAUAUGGUUGGGUUGAGCGACGAAGAUCUGAACGUCGAGGAGGGGCUGAACGUUUUCAAGUUCGACACCAAUUACCUCGGGAGUGAAGAAAUCUAUCAACAAAUGAAGAAAGAGAUUUUAGGCGAAGGAUCAGACGAUGAAAGCGAUGACGAUGGGAGUGAGGAGGAGUCCGGAGAGGAGUCGGAAGAAGAGUCGGAAGCCAUUCAAAAAGCACAGGAACGAUUGCAGAUUCAGGACGAGACGAACACCAAUCUCAUCAACUUGCGCCGAGCGAUCUACCUCACGAUCAUGUCGAGUUUGAACUUCGAGGAGUGUGCUCACAAGCUGAUGAGGCUGAAGAUUCAGCCAGGACAGGAGUCGGAACUGGUGAACAUGAUCACUGAAUGUUGCGGGCAGGAACGGACGUACGUCAAUUUCUACGGUCUGCUGGGCGAACGGUUCUGCCGUAUCAACAAAGGAUGGUCGGACGCUUUCUGCGCAUCCUUCGAGGAAACAUAUAAGACCAUUCACCGUUACGAAACUAACCGUCUGCGUAACAUUGCGAAGUUCUUCGCUCACCUGCUCUCGUCGGACGCAUUGACCUGGGAAGUGUUCGCCCUGGUCCGUCUCACCGAGGCCGAUACCACCUCUUCGUCGCGUAUCUUCAUCAAAAUCCUCUUCCAAGAUCUCGUUGAAGCGUUCGGUUUGAAGAACCUGGAUAAUCGCCUCCGGGACCCCAGCAUGAUCGUUCAAGUCAAUACCCCUGGGGGAUAUGUUACACGUGGCGUCUUCGAAGGGCUGUUCCCGAAAGACAACCCGCGCAACACGCGUUUCGCCAUCAAUUACUUCACUAGUAUCGGGUUGGGAGGCCUCACCGAAGAUCUUCGUGAGUUCUUGAAGAACGCGCCAAAGCUCAUCAUGGCUCAGCAACAGGAAGUGGAAUCGGACAGCGAUAGCAGCACUAGUUCCGACUCGGACUCGGACUCCAGUGAGAGGAAUGGAAAACGGUACAGAAGCCCUUCCAGGUCCCCGUCCCGAGACCGCCGGGACUCGAAGUACCAGCGUAGAUAG